AUGGCCUUCAAAAGCAAAAGUGUCAAGCGUUUCAGUGUUCGUGGUUUCCUCGCAGCGAUCCUGCACCCAUUCAUGACAUCCCCAACCGACGCCCCUGGGGUGUUCACCUUGGGCGAUAGCUGUAACAACGUAGGAGAUUGGCACACGCUGCUCUUGAACAACGAGCUUUCUUCGCAGUGCGAGCUCGAACACAUGGUCUGCUGCAAAUGCACCACCAGCGUCGAACAUGAAUUCUUGCUCCUCCAUUUCCGCCAUCCGACACAACACCACGCUGUCGCUAUCCUAGUGUUGGACAGGACAUCGCGUCCGGAUUAUGCAGAGAAUAAUCAUGGCAAUGGCUCGUUGAGAUCGGUUGGCAUUGGCCAAUCAACCAUAGUCUCCCCCUCGGUAUCUGCAACCCCCGCCCACGAUUCCAUCUUCACCACCCCCAACAACGGCUCUGCCAUCGAAUCAUACCUCACUAAACGAUAUGGCCAGCACAAGUACCUUUUUAACCUCAAGUCGUCGACUUUUCCGCUUCCGCUCUGUUACUGGUACGCCUACACUGUUUGGGAGGCGCUCAAGAGGCUUUUUCCUGGGUGCCGGGAGACAACGCUGAGUGAGGGGCGCUCUCGCUUUUGUGGGCAGGAGGUUAGGAAGGCGGAGAGUGUUGGGGCGGUGUGUGAGCUGUAUCGCGCUGAGUGGGCGCGUUUUGAGAAUGCGGUGGAGGAGAGGAGGAGGGCGAAGGAGGAGGAGGUGCACCGGUUGAGGAUGGAAGGUUUGGUGGAGGGACGGGCUCAACGUCAACCAGAGGUUGACAAAGAGAGGAGGCAUCGAGAGGAAGUGGAGAGGAAAGCAAACGAGGCAGAGAGGAGAGCAGACGAAGAGAGGAGGCAAAGGGAGGAAGAGAAGAGGAAGGCAGAUGCAGAGAGCAGGAGAGCAGACGAAGAGCGGAGGCAAAGGGAGGAAGCGGAGAGGGAGUAUGAGGUUGAACUGAACCGAAUGCAAGCAAGAAUGGCCGAGCUCGAGCGCUGUGCAGUGUGA